AUGCCAAAAACGCCAUCAGAUGUCUGUUUGAAUCUUGUGUCUCAGAUGUUGCUAGUUGUGAUGCUUUUGAAAGAAGAUGCUACAUGCAGUGUUGUGCAUCUGCCUUUUUGGUCGGGAAUGUGUCGGACAUAUCUCUGACCAUCAGCAAUGUCUCGCCCUCCAACACCACAGGAGGCCUCCCUCCACCCUCCUGUGCUCCAUCCUCUUCUGUUCAGUGGACUCUGUCUCAGGAGCUUAUGGGAAGGAGUGGCCUCCUGGUGCGUGUCAGUCUUAACCGGAGCCUGCAGCUGUGUGGGAAUGAGACGGAGUGCUGUGCUCGGCCACUGUGUGUCAGGGAGACCUUGCGAGUGUCUGCAUGUCAAGGCAACACUCUCCUAACAUCUCUCACUGUGCAGGCUGAGAUCUAUGCUCUUCUGCCCUCUGCUGGCCAUGUGUCAGGAAAUAAGACGGUGAUCCCUAACCAGGUGUUCCAGCCCCUGGGACGUUGCCCAUGUGACCUGUUGCCAGGAGAAUGUGACAUACGGUGCUGCUGUGACCAAGACUGUACUCCAGAACUGCUGUCGCUUUUUGCUGGUCAGUGUCUUCCUGGACCAUUUGGAGGGCAUGUCACUCCUGCUCCAGACUACAGCUGCUCCGCCCAGUCUGCUGAAAAUGCUCCUGAUUGGUUCCCUUUUCUCUGCGUGACCUCUCCCUCUGAAAACAACCCUUUACUAGGACUCUUCUACCAGGGGAAGACAGUUACCCCAAAGCCUGCUCCAUCUUUUCAGACUAAGCAGGUAACGCCUCCUGCACCUCCCACAAGCUACCGCCAGGGGGACCCCAUCUUCAGGAUGGACGACCAGUACUUCACCAUCCCACAGAUGGCCGUGCUGGGGCGGUGUUUGGAGAAGGCCCCGGUGGCCUUCCUGCAGGACUUUGAGGCCGCGUGUGUGAGUGUCCUGCAGGAGUGCCCAGGACCGGCAGCUGAGCUGGGCGUGGCAGUGAGAGACGGGCUGGGAGGAGUCGUCACAGUCAGUGUUGUGGAUGAAGUGAUCACAGACCCCAGCUCAUUCCUUUCAAAUCCUGCAAAAGUUGAUUCUGCAGGCCCAGCGCAGGCAUCUGGGAAACAGCUGUGCGUCAGUGUGGUUCUUGCAUUGAGCUACACCAUGUACUGGAAGAGCAAUGGUCUCUCUGCCAUCAGUGUUACCCGCCGCAUUGGAAACGUCACUUUCAACCCCGGAGUGUCUCUAACCAACAGAUACUCUGCACUGUUUGUGAAUGGAAAUGUAACCGCUCAGCACAACUCGGGUAACCCAGGUUAUCAGGUAGGAAGGCCUGUGAUUGGUGGAUUUUUGGAUUCUACAACUGGAGCUAUACGAAGAGCUCCAAUCAGCCUCUGGCAAGCAGUGGGAAAUGGCCAGUGCUCGACUGCUGACCUGAGACCAGUCCUUUAUGGGUUGAACUCCACAUCAGGCUGUCUGGUGUCCGUAAGCCUGCUGAACCUCACGCAGUGCAGCCAGUUCAGAGAAACAGUCUGGACAGCUUUGGCUGCAUUGGUUCCUGCUACAUUGGUGUCCAGGACAGGAAAGCCAGACUUUUCCACACUGGCCAACUGGACUCGUGUUACCACUGUGGUGCAGAACUCCAGUCAGCCAGCAGGGGUCAGCAGUGGUGUAUGUUCUGGAGUUCCAACUCAUCUGCACAUUCACAUCAGGAGUGCCAUCAUGGGAACGGUGGAAGGUGUGCCACAGAACAUGAUCGAGGCAGUAGAGUUAAGUUUUAAAGAGACUACAUGGAGUGUAGAGUGUGAUACAUCUGGGAGUAACCCCUGUGUGACUCCUGACUUGAUGCAGUCUUUCUCUAUAACCUCUUCUGUGACCUUUACUGUGGCACCCAUCAGCUUGGAAGUCCCUAAGACCAGAUUCCGCAUUAACUUCACAGAGUUUGACUGUGAGAGGAAUGAUGUGUGCUGGCCUGAGCUUGUGUUCCCUCUCACAACCUACUACAAAGGCGAGCCUCACUCCCAGGCUCUGGCUAAAGGACUCAUCCUUGUGUUCUUCUUCAUCGCCGCCUCUGUGCUCGGAACGCCGUGGAGACAAAUCAGACAAGCAUGGGGCAGCAUCCAACUCUGACAGCUUUGUGUGUGUGUGUGUGUGAGGGAGAGAAGACAGAGAGAAAUAGACAUUAGGUUUUUUGUGAGAAUGUGCUGUAAUUGUGUGUGUAUAAAAAGUUUUAGCGAGAAUGUACUUAAACUGUCUUUGUGAAUGAUGACUAAGUGUGAGUGUGGGUGAGAGUGGGAUUUAAAAAAAAAAAAAAAAAAUUGUCGUCUGAACCAGCUCACUAAUCUACUUGUCUUAAAUGAUUGAUCGCAUCGACUUGCUGUAUUUCACAGUGCAAAGUGCACAGUACAAAUUGAGAUUAUUUUCUCUUCGAAUGUGUUUCGAUUACAGUGUUAGCUGCUACCUGGCUUCCUAUAAACUAAUGUUUGAACCAAUCUGUCAGCUGUAUGGAAUAAUCGUGUUUAAAAAUUUUUUUUAAACGGAUUUUUUUUUACUUUUUAAAACUUAUUUGGAUGGUAUGAGACAUAAUAGAUAGUUGUAUGUUAAUAUUAUUUAUUGUGACUUUUUCUUUUUAAUUGUUACGCAAUACAUUUUUACUUAAAUCUUA